AUGAUCAAAGCACGUGGCCUUGGCAUCAGAGGGAAGAUGUGCAACUUCAUAGCGGGUUUCCUUGAAGAGCGAAGCUACCAAGUCGAAGUUGGUCACGACGCCAAUGCCAUACGAAUCAACCACGUAGGCGUCCCCCAGGACUCGGUUAUUUCACCGAGGCUGUUUAAUAUAGCUAUGCACCGGCUACCUAAGCGCCUUGCCGAGGUAUCGGGCCUGGAAGACGCGGUGUACGCCAAUGACGUCACCAUGUGGACGCAUCAACGGUGCAUCGCUGAGCAGGAGGACGUCUUACAACAAGCUCUCGACAUUAUUCGCGCCUAUGCCACGGAAACGGGUUUACACACUGCCCCAGAGAAAACAGAGUUUGUCGUCAUUCAUGUUGGCAGGUCUACCUUUGGAAAGCAGGAAGAAAAGCAGUCUUAUAAACUGUGCAUCGGUGACCAACCCAUCACACGGAAAUCUACUAUCCGAAUACUCAGUAUGCACCUAGACGAGAACUGCACAGCGAACACUUGGUUCCAAUGCGUUACGAAGACCAGUAAACCAAUCCUGCACGCUUUACGCAGAAUCUCUACCCGCACCCGUGGAGUAAACGAACAUGAAAUGCGGCAGUUCGCGCAAGCUUUUCUCUUAUACCGUAUCAUGUAUAGGCUGCCGUAUCAUCCAGUCAACCGCACACAGAUGCACGCGCUCGACCGGGUACCUAACGAAGCCAAACGCGUUGUAACUGGACUCCCAAGGUACACAAGUCUCGAAGCGCUUAAAAGUUGGAGCAAACUCAACAACCUGUCUGAGCUCGUAGACAUGCACACCUAUAUGCAAGAGACGAGACUUCGCGCCACAAAAGCCGGGCGACGCACACCCAUGCUCCUCGGGUAUGACGUCCACAAAAUGCCCAUUUUGCCAAACAACACAACGCCGUGGGAAAUCACGGCUCUCACCGAUGGCAGGCCACUUCCUCUCAAUAUGGACCCUACUCAGCGAAUGCAGCGCCUUGCAUAUGCCAAGAGGCAUAUGCAAGGCUACGAGUUCACUCUCCUUGGCUGA